GGGCCCCCCCCAGCUAUGGACGAGCGGCUACUGGGGCCGCCCCCUCCGGGCGGGGGCCGGGGGGGCCUGGGGCUGGUGGGUGGGGAGCCUGGGGGCCCUGGCGAGCCUCCCGGGGCCGGAGACCCCGGCGGGGGCAGUGGGGGGGUCCCGGGAGGCCGAGGGAAUCAAGACAUCGGGGACAUUCUGCAACAGAUAAUGACCAUCACCGACCAGAGCCUGGACGAGGCCCAGGCCAAGAAACAUGCCCUAAACUGUCACCGAAUGAAGCCUGCUCUGUUCAGUGUCCUGUGUGAAAUCAAGGAGAAAACCGGCCUCAGCAUCCGGAGCUCCCAAGAGGAGGAGCCGGUGGACCCGCAGCUCAUGCGUCUGGACAACAUGCUCCUGGCAGAAGGUGUGGCUGGACCGGAGAAAGGGGGGGGCUCCGCGGCAGCCGCCGCGGCCGCGGCCGCCUCCGGAGGCGGCGUGUCCCCCGACAACUCCAUCGAACACUCGGACUACCGGAGCAAGCUCGCCCAGAUCCGCCACAUCUACCACUCGGAGCUGGAGAAGUACGAGCAGGCGUGCAAUGAGUUCACGACCCACGUCAUGAACCUGCUGAGGGAGCAGAGCCGCACGCGUCCUGUGGCCCCCAAGGAGAUGGAGCGCAUGGUGAGCAUCAUCCACCGCAAGUUCAGCGCCAUCCAGAUGCAGCUGAAGCAGAGCACCUGCGAGGCGGUCAUGAUCCUGCGCUCUCGCUUCCUGGAUGCCAGGCGGAAACGCCGCAACUUCAGCAAACAGGCCACCGAGGUCCUGAAUGAGUAUUUCUACUCCCACCUGAGUAACCCUUAUCCUAGUGAGGAGGCCAAAGAGGAGCUCGCCAAGAAGUGCGGCAUCACUGUCUCUCAGGUUUCCAACUGGUUUGGUAACAAGCGGAUUCGCUACAAGAAAAAUAUUGGGAAGUUCCAAGAGGAGGCGAACAUCUAUGCAGUGAAGACGGCUGUGUCAGUCGCCCAGGGGGGCCACAGCCGCACCAGCUCCCCGACGCCCCCUUCCUCGGCAGGCUCUGGCGGCUCUUUCAACCUCUCAGGAUCCGGAGACAUGUUUCUGGGGAUGCCCGGGCUCAACGGAGAUUCCUACUCUGCCUCCCAGGUGGAAUCGCUCCGACACUCCAUGGGGCCAGGGAGCUACGGGGAUAACCUCGGGGGAGGCCAGAUAUACAGUCCACGGGAAAUGCGGGCCAAUGGCGGCUGGCAGGAAGCUGUGACCCCGUCCUCGGUGACAUCCCCAACAGAGGGACCUGGCAGUGUUCACUCUGACACCUCCAACUGACCUUGCCCCUCAAGGUCACAGGGCUUGGGGGCUGGCUUCCCAACCAGGCAACUCUUGAAGAGGACUUGGGCAUCUAAUGGACAAACCCCCCCCAUGGAAGCACAAAGCAGAGAAGGGCGAAAUGGGGUCGUGCCCUCCCCAGCCAGACGCUCAGUGCUGGGGUGCUGACUACAUGGCAGGGAAAGUGGGGUGUCCCCCUUUUUUCUCUCUUUCUGUCUUUUUCCCUCUCACGCAGAAAACAGAUAUCUGUUUCUCAGAUCUCUCUUUCUCAAGUCUACACCAACGCUCAACUAUUCCGUUUGUGUCUGGGCCUCCCUAGUUUCCGUUCGCCCACCCCACUUAAAUACUCUGGAAUCUGGAGACAUCAGCCAUGCCCAACCCAGAGAUGCCAAAAAUGGGGACUCCUCCCGGACAGAGGCCCUGGGCCAACCACCCAACCCCACCCCACCCCCUUCUGCCCCUCCAGACGGCUUUAUUACCUCAUACGCAGCUCAUCUUAAACCAAUAGAAUCGCUCGGUGGACAGGAGUGUCUGACUCAGUUAUCUACCUCGGAGGGAGUGUCUGCUACUUUAGGAAAUUGUUGGCUGGGCUUCGGAGUUGUUUUUGUGGUUUUUGUUUUGUUUUGUUUUGUUUUUGGAAAAAAAAAAAACCCUGGGAUCUGUAUUUUUUUUAUUGUGUUUGUUGGUAGUGGCGAUCCUUAAUUUUUAAUAGUUUGAAGAAGUAGGGAUUUGGUGUGUGUGGUUUUGGGUUUUGUUUUGUUUUUUAAUAAACGGAUUUAUUUUUGUUUACCCACGUGAGAAGUAAGAGCCAAAGGGGCCCAGCAAGAACAAACAGCUGGUGGUGGCUACUUGCUCCAGGCCUGCCGCAGGGAGGUGGAUCGUGCAGGACACCACGUCCUCACCCUGGUCCUUAUGUGUUCCCGCUUGAACAAGCAAGCCUCUGCCAUAUCGACGCAGAGCGUGACGCCCCUCUAGCCUCCUGCCCCCCCCCCCAGUAACCUUUGGGCAAGGUGGACAGGAACUCGAUGCUUUUUCUUUUUUUUUGGUUUUUCGAGGCAGGGUUUCCCUGUAUUGUCUUGGAGCCUGUCCUGGAACUCGCUCUGUAGACCAGGCUGGCCUUGAACUCACAGAGAUCCGCCUGUCUCUGCCUCCCAAGUGCUGGAAUUAAAGGCGUGCGCCACCAACGCCCGGCUUCGAUGCUUUUUUUAAAAAAUUUUUUUUCUUUUUAAACUACUUGCAGAGUGGAGAAGAAUGAAUUGGGAGGGUGUUCUCGCCAAAUACGCUAAAUGUGGGCUGGGUGCUAAUGUGUGUGUGUCCCCCCUCCCCCAGUUUCCCUGAAAUAAGUGUUUCUUUUUUUUUUUUUCUUUUUAAUCUCAUGCCAAAAUAAUCAACGGGGUGGGGAGAAGAGGGAGGCCACAGAGCUCCCAAGUAUGAGAGAAGGUAUAAAACACCCCCCUGUCUCAUCCCAGCCCGGAACCCUUCUAUCUGGCCCCCUGGAACGUCCUCAGGCUCUUCAAGACUGUCGCAGUGGGACCCUCCCCCAUCACAGACCCAGGCAGGACUGAGUGACCAGAGGCUGCUGGGAGGCAGGGGCCAAGGGCAAUUCUCUUCUCACUUGUAAACUUGGAGAUUCAGAGGAAAAAAAAAAUGCAGUUUUAAAUAAAGAGAUUUCUUUUUUCCCUGGG